CUAUUACUACAGAGACUGUUGUGUUCACCCAUUUCUUCGCCUGCAUUACAGGGACUUUCAUCCAAACCAUUCAUUCAUUGAGUUUUUUGUCUCAGCCCUCACUCCGUUGUUGGCAACUGUGAGGCACCGGUAGGCGCACCGGUCGACCACUCAAUCGCACCUGUCUUUCAAAGUCACGUUCCCUUCUCUCUGAGUCUAACGAUUGAUUCAAAAGUCUAACGAUAUCUGCGAUGAAGGAAAUCAUUGUUAAUAACGACUUUCAAACUCUUUUGCAAACCAUUGAAGACAUUUCAAAGGAUAAAAGCAAAUCAAUUCUUGUGCUGUUGACCGGUUCUAAAGACCCGAACGGCCAGAGUUGGUGUCCCGACUGUGUCCGCGCAGAGCCUGUCAUUCACGAUGUCUUGAGUGACAAAUCCGAUGACACGGUUUUGGUCACCACUUAUAUCGAUAGAGACCCUUGGAAGAAAGCGGACAAUAGUUUCCGAACGCAUAGUCAGUUGAGGGCUAAGUGUGUGCCAACUCUUAUCAAUUGGCAAACUUCCAAUCGUUUAGAAGAGGGACAACUCCUUGACAAACAAUUGCUGGAAAUGCUUCUCGAAGAGUGAAUUUAAUAAUACAAUCACAAAAUAAGAGUUAUUUUUGAUAACAAAUAAUUAUAAAUUUAUUGAAUAAGUAAUUGAAUUCAAUUGAAUUUCAAUCAAAUCAAACAAAUAUUUAUCAUUUGAACCCAAAAUAAUUGGAUUCAAAUAAUUAUUGAAAAUGUUGUGUAAAUUAAGUUUACAAUUAAUGGCUUAAAAUUAGAAACAAUUCCUUUUAUAAUAACAUUUAAUGAGAAAAAUUUGAAUCUAUUUCUUAAUGAC